CAGGAGGCCGGCCUGGCAGGCAGCAUGGGAAGGAGAGGGACGGAGCUCGGGUCGGGCAGUGUCCUAUGCUCCCCUGCAAAAGGGCUCAGCUCUCACACAAGAGGACGACACAGCCCCAGCCGCUUUCAAGGAAGCUGGUGCUUUCCACGACAGGAAAGGCGAGCAUGCCUACGGGUUAUUACACAAACACAAUGCCCGCCGCACAGGUCACAGGCCCAGGCCAGCACAGUCCACAGAGAAACCACGGAUGCCACGCCCUCGUCCCUUGAAAAUCAUCUGCUUGGCUUUGUGAAGGUGGAAUCGGAAGUGAAACUUCAGCCUCAGCAACACUGGAGAACUGGGCCACAAAGGAGCAACAGAACCGCACAGGGGGAACACAGCGCUUCCUCCCUGGCACUCCAUGCUGGACUGAACAUACCUGUGUUACAGGAGCUGUGUUUGUACCACACGGGCCUCACAGAAUGCCCACACCUGCCCUUGAGCCUUGAGCAUCUCAGGCAAUGUCUGUGGCUCCCAGAGCUGUGGGCCCCAGGACACUCCUCUGCCGCCUUCUGCCUUCUUCCCGCAAGCCAUGUCCACGCUCUUCUUCCACACCACACUCACACCACGAUGCCCACCAGAGGCCCCAGCAGAGAGGAAUCAGCAGCGGUGAGCAGUGGCAACAGCACAAACAGAAUUAGAGCAACUCAAGGGCUCCUUCCUUGAGAGAGGAGGGGCAGCUCUCCUGUCUGCAAUUUGGAUAUGCAAAUCACAUCAGUUCCUGUAGGGUUGGGGCCAGAAGUUUUCCCUGCAAGAGGAAACAGGUUGGAGUCCUAGGUUCCAGGCACUCCCACAGCCUGGGACUUCCUCCAUCAGCAGGGAAGAAGCGGGAGAGUUAAAAAGCAGGCUGUAGAUCCUGGUACCCAAACUGCAUGCUCCUCCCAGGAGGUCACAGAGUCCCACGGCCUCGGAACACAACAAAACCUGUCAGGAACAUCCAGACUCCCUGUGUCAGACAGAGCCCUUGCUUUCCCUUGGGAACCCUAAGCAAAGGUGACACACAGCUCUACCUGCACCCUAAGUCACUUCCUUGCCAUGGACUGGGUCUGUCCUCUUCCGACCUCAGGUGAGCAGAGAGAACCAGGUCCAACACAGCACAUCUCUUCACCUGAGGCUACUGAAGACGUCCCUCCAUCACCCACGCUCCUCGAAUCCCCACUGCACAAGCCAGGCCUUGUUCCUGGAGCAGAGAUGGACAGGCAGCCAGACACACUGCAUGCCGCCCUGUUCACUACCAACUGCUCCUCAGGGGACACACAGAAAACCCCAAACCAUUGCAACCAAACUUGCUAUAGACAAAAACAAGCAUGACUUCAUCCCUUUACAUGAAUUCUGUGUUUCUUCAAGAGAAGGCCACUCAGAAAGCUGAAUAAAGUUCAAUACUCCUCAGCAUCCCUUAAAAUAGGGGUUGUGCCCAGGAUCCCAGGCAGCCUGAAGCCUGUGAGCUCUCUCACCCGGAUUCCUCUGCCCAGGCAAGGCUUCCCUUUGCAAGCCAUCUGUGAGGCCAACAAGCAGACCUUGGGCCAGUGUUUCUCGGGUCUGACUUCAUGUUUUCCACUUGCCAGCUUUUCCCGCUGUGCUACACAUCAGCCAGCAACAGGUAACACGCACACCAGGCAUCCUGUGCAAGGCCCAGGCAUCCCAGACAGACUUGCUGGAAACAUCUCAGAGAUCCCACGAUGAGGCCACCUUGCUAAUGAGCUACAUGCAACAGAAACACACCUCUGCGCACACGCAUCCCCUGCCCUACAGAAGCGCAGGAUGGCCGGAAGCACCCCACAGUCCAGAAGCUUCCACAUGUAGACCUCCAGAAACACUUGGUGAGGCACUGGCUUCCCAGCCAGGAAGUAUGAACCAGCUCCAACAAGAACUACAAAAAAUUAAAGAAUCCCAGAAAGGAGAAUCUGGAUACUGUGAGGUUUCCUUCCCUUCUAAAAUGCAGAGAAGGAAUCAGACGCCCUCAAAGGUCAAGUCCACUUCCAAAGACCCUAGUCCUGCCCAGGCCUACUGGUCAAAUCCCACGGAAAUGGCAGCUGGACCACAGGACCUGGGUGGGAGACCCCAAGUAAGCGGAUUCAGCGGUCCAUCCUGCCUUGCCCAGCUUCAGCAAUGACAGGGCUGAUGCUGCCUGUCUGCACUGGGUUGCCUGAAAAUCAUCAAAUGUGGAAAAAAACUACGUGCUGAUGAUUACCAAUCAAUUCCAUCCCAUGCUGCCAGAUGCUCUGCCCAAAUCUUGCACCGUAGUGGGGGUGCGCAGGGCUCGAAGUCAUAAAUCCCAGGUAAGUGUCUGCUGGUGUGGCACCCGACAGUGACCUGAUGCUGCGUCUGCAUUCUGUGCAGCAGGUCACACAGCAUUCCCCACAGCCCCAGGGCUUCCCACCCAAGACGACUUGGAGGAGUGGUAGACACUGGGGACUGAAACUGCCACAGAAGCCCGGCUGGAGUCCUGACCACCCCAGUCCCGCCUGCCCUGGGCUCUGGGCUUUCCUGCUUGUGUUUUCUGAGUUCUUUUUGAGACUGAUUGCCAAAAUGCAAUGGGCAACUCUGAGAGCUUCGUGGCUUUGGUUUUUUUGUUUUUUUUUUUUCUUUCAUUAUCUUUUCUUAAGGUUAUUUUUUAACAGAAGGCUUUAACAACCACAAAAACUAAAUAUAAAGGAAAACCUCUAGACUCACGGGCAGGCCCUAGAAUGGAUGCCCUCCCUCGAUCCUCAAUCCCGUCAUGGCCAGGAUUUAGCUCCAGAUAACAGCUAAAUCUGUAGCAGCCUGGCACCACCCUGCCCUCCAGCAGCCCUCCCAUGGCCCGUUCCCCAUGAGCCUCUCAGUGAAAGCUGCUAUCACACCCUCCGUCACCAAUCCCUCUGCAGCGCCUGCUCCUCCAGGACAGUCCUUCAAAACCUGUCCCCCCAUCUGAAUUCCUGC